AUGAAGGUCUGGCUGUCGUUCCUCCUUGCUGCCGUUUGCGGAGGCACACGCUACGUGCGUCACAGCGUGCACCAGAAGGGCUUCAGGACUUUGCAGCAGGAGAAGAGCAACCUUCGCUGGCCGUCCAGCUCCGCGAUCGCAGUCGAGUUCUUUGUCAUGUCGAAAUGUCCCGAUGCCAAGCUGUGCGAAGAGACGUUUCUUCCAGUCCUGCAAGACUUGACCGAGCUGGUCACGGUGAACUUCACUUACAUCGCAGAUGUGACGAGAGAGGAGCCAGCAAGCGUCCGAUGCAUGCAUGGGCCCGAAGAGUGCAUGGGCAACUCCCAGCGCCUUUGCGUCCAGAGGGCCGGCAACGCCACGGACCUCCGCUUUGCCAAGUGUCAGGAUAGCGGAACCAUACCUGGGAAUGGCAAGGCCUGUGCAGUUGCAGCUGGCUUCACAGCAGCAGAGCUGGAAGACUUGGAGGCGUGCUGGUCCGGGGCACUCGGGCAGGCGCUGCUGAGAGAGUCGGCGAAGCGCGCCUCGGCUCUCUCUGUGACGACGUCCUGCACGCUCCAAGUGGGAAACAAGGACUUCUGCAUCCAUGACGGCGGGUGGAGAAAUUGUGGCAGCUGCGGCUCGGACAAGGCUGCCUGCCUGAAAGCCAAGGUUUGCGAGCUUUCCGGCCACGCUCGCAAGAGCGAGCUUUGUGCAUAA